AUGCUCAAGCACAAGGAGGAUUUCUACGGGGGCGUCAUCGUCGACGGGGACGCGCUGCCAUCAGACGCUGCCAGGUUCGAGGCGGAGCUCGACGCGUCCUUGGAAUCGUGGAGGGCCACGGGCAAGCGGGGCGUGUGGCUGAAGGUCCCCACGCAGCAGUCGCACCUCAUCCCGCUGGCGGUGGCGCGGGGCUUCAUCUUCCACCACGCGGAGCCCUCGCACGCGAUGCUGACCAACUGGCUGCCCGAUACACCCAGCACACUCCCGGCCAACGCAUCGCACCAGGUGGGCGUGGGCGCGUUCGUGAUCAACAGCAAGCGCGAGGUGCUGGUCGUCCAGGAACGCAGCGGUCCGCUGCGCGGCAAGGGGGUGUGGAAGAUGCCGACGGGGCUGGUGAGUCAGGGCGAGGACGUGGUCGACGCGGCGGUGCGCGAGGUGCACGAGGAGUGCGGCAUCGCGGCGGAGUUCGAGUGCGUCCUCGCGAUCCGGCAGAUGCACCGCGCCGCGUUCGGGAAGUCGGACCUGUUCUUCGUGCUCGGGUGCCGCGCGGUGGACGAGGCGGCGGAGCUCGUGGCGCAGGAGUCGGAGAUCGAGGCGUGCCGGUGGCUGCCGCUCGAGGAGUAUGAGAAGAUAGAGUUCUUCCGCGGGCGGCCGCUGUACGAGGAGAUCACGCGCCACUGCGCUGCGUGGGCGCGCGGGCAGGCCAAGGGGAUGCACGGCGCGCGGCUGGGGACGGGGCGGGAGACGGACGAGCUGCUGUUCUUCCCCAUGGACGAGGAGCUGCAGAGCAACCUCUGA